UUCAUAUUGAUGGUGUGGUCGUGGGUUGGCAAACAAAACUAAUUAUACUACCAUACAGCUAAUAUACUCAAUGUUGCCUGUACGUCCCCAAAAUGUCUCUUCUUCCUCUAAGGCUCCUGGGGGACAAGCUAUCAAAGAAGAGGAAAAUACAGAGAGAACAGUGGGGUUAUUCACCCGCAGCAGCUCUGAGUCAGACACCAAAACUGUUGAUGUCCAUGUGGAACAUCAAAUCCACGCUCAAGAUAUCGCGCGCUUUGCGCAAUCCGGAUACAACGAGCAUGUCAAGCAACUUGCCACACGCUCGGGCUUUCAGGCGACAAUAGUUCAGAAUGUAUACAAACAUGUCAGCAGCUUCAAACGAACGGAGAAAGUAAUAAAGGCCAUGCACACCGCUGCCUUGGAGUGUGCCAAAGAAGAGAUUAUUGAAGAAGAGUUGGAUGCGGAGGACCUGAUUCACCAUAUGUAUUUAGUGUCACAGCGGCAGAUAUGCAACCGAAAUUUUCGAGAGACGGAGCAAACAAUCUGAGUUGCGUAAGGACAAAUGGCGAUCAUAUCAUACAUCACCGACGAUAACCACAAGCUUCCCUCCCAUUAUUUGAACGUAGAAAGUAGGAUUGCGUGGUUGUGGAUGAUAAAGCAUCUUGUAAAGAGGACAAGUGAGCCGAGCCAUCAGUGAAAUUCAC